UUUCACCCUGCAGAUGUGGACUGGUGCUGAUGCUGCGAGGAGGAUGAGGAUGAGGAGGAGGAGGAGAGGGCCUGCUCGGCGGGUGAAACGUUCAGGGGAUUAAACGCCGGUCACGAUGAGCAUCAGUAUUAAUGAUCCUCGGGCGUCACAGUAAUGUGCUGAUGACUCCACUGUGCUGUGUUUCUUGAAUGAAGGUGGGGUGCAAAUGAAAAUACAGCGAGGAGCAUCAGAUACAUCAGCUCAUUUGUGUGGCAGCCUGAAAACAAAACCAACCCCGAGCUGCUUCGCUCUCCUGCCAUUGUGCUGCUGCUGCUGCUGCUGCUGCUGCUGCUGAUGAUGAUGAUGAUGGUGGGAUUUACCUGACUCUACUGUAUGCACAUCUGCUGGAUGUGAUGGACACAUGCACUGGUGCAGGACAAACAAUGCAAAGCUCUCGUGCACCAGGUAUGGGCACAAAUGUUACAGAUGUUCCCGGGGAGCCAGGUUUCACAGAGCCAGUGUGGUUGUCCACAGCCAGCUGUGUGGUCAAGAUAGUGCUCAUAUCCGUCAUUGUGUGUGUGUCUUUGUUUGGGAACGUGGUGGUCCUGCUGGUGUUCCAGAGGAAGCCUCAGCUACUGCACGUGGCCAACCGUUUUGUCCUCAACCUCCUCUUGGCAGACCUCCUGCAGACCAUACUCGUCAUGCCCUUUGCCAUGGCGGCCGCCGUCCCAGGCGUGUGGCCCCUGGACGUGCGACUGUGCCAGGCCCUGGUGGUGCUCAUGCACAUUUUCGCCUUUGCUGGGGUCAACACCAUCAUGGUCGUCUCUGUGGAUCGCUACCUGGCCAUCAUCCACCCUCUUUCCUAUCCCACCCGCAUGACCCCUCACCUGGGCACCAACCUGAUCAUCUGCACAUGGGUGCUCAGCUUCCUGCAGAGCACGCCUCCUCUUUACGGCUGGGGGACCAUUGACUUUGACCGGCACCACAACAUGUGCUCCGUGGUGUGGUCUUCCAGCCUGUCCUACUCCGCUGUGGUGUCCACCUUUUCGUUCUGGCUACCUGUGCUCAUUAUGCUCGGAUGUUAUUGGAUGGUGUUCAGAGCAGCUCGGCGGCAGAACGCACUUGUGCACCCAAUACAGACACAGUCCUACUCCCAGCCCUCCCCACAGGACGUCCAGGGAACUGGGAGUCCACAGCGGCAGCCCCAGGCUCAGACAGCAAGGUCACCCGAUGGGCCUUACCCGGCCAGGGGUUACCCCGUUCGAGUCAGGCACCGACGCUUCCACUAUCACUGCAAGGCAGCUCGUGUGGUGUUUGUCAUUAUGGCCUCUUAUAUCCUCAGCAUGGGGCCUUACAGCAUACUGAAUACAAUCUCUAUGAGCUCCAGAGCAGCCAUACCCCCCUGGUUGUCCUCCCUUGCCCUUGUGCUCUUCUUCUUACAGUGCUGCCUACACCCAUACAUUUAUGGUUACAUGCACCGGAGUGUGAGGAAGGAAUUCCUGGCUCUGCUCUGUGGACUGUUCUGCAAACAGGGCCGUGCCAGCCAGAGCUCGGCCGUGGAGAGCUGCUUCACCACUACAGGUGAGGGCCGCUCGGGUGCCCACCCUCACCUGCCCAGUCUGGCUGCUCGAGUCCUCCCUCUGCGGACUUGGGAAGAAUGCACAACAUCGUCCUCCCCCACUUUUGAGAGGAAGUCAAGGGACAGCCGUAAAGACACCACCUCGACCAGCAUCAGCUCAGAGAGGGAGCUCACAGUCCACAGCAAACAAAGCACAUGAACUCAGUGGGUUAUAUUCGGCGAAUAUGACUUUUUUUUACGACAGGGUUAUUGCUAAUAUUGGUAUUCAUCACCAACAUCAUCUAUCACUACGACUUAAUUUGCCUGGUUAACUUAAGGUCAGACAUGAAUUUGUAAAAGUACCUGAGCAUUCACUGUUGUAUUAUACAAUGUAAUAGAAACAGCGUAAAGAAAUCUUAGAAGAGUAUUUAUUUUCCCUAGAUCAAAUCUUGAAAAAUACAUAGCUAAAACAAACGUUUUCUGUUUUGGGUCUACAAACUGUUACUUGUACUAUCUGCUGCUACAUAAAAGGUGGCAUUUUAAUUGAAUGAAACCCAGAAGUGGCAUUUAUUUGGUUUUAGAUCAUUGUAAUUGAGUUUUUAGUUAGAAUUAGUCGUCUUUGAUAAAGGUAUCAAUCUGCAUAAACGGCACAAGUAUCUCUUUUGAAAUGUUACGUGUGUGUAUGUGUGUUUUAUCAUUUGUGAUCCUGCCAGUCAGAGGAUGUACCGUCUUUGUGUUAGUGAAUGUCAGCGUCACAUGCAAUUUACAAACUCAGGAUAAUUGCUUUUAGGGGGGAUAGAAAAGAAAUAUUUGUAGUGCUUUAUUCUGUUCUUGAGCAAGUGAACUUAUGUACGUAUGUUUAUGUCCUUGUCACAUUGCCGUUUUGUCGAGUAGAUGAAUUGAUUGUGCCUGUUGGGGUUGGUGACUUCUUUCUCCCACACAAAUACGUUUAUCUUGGCCUCCUUGUUGUCCACCUGUCACUGUGUCAACGGAAUCCACAUCUUGUUAAUGUUGUUUUUUUUGUCAAAAAACAUACAGUGUGCAGAGAGUACGGUAAAAGAAAACAACCAACAUCAAGGAUUGAAAUCACAGGAUUCCCCCCCCCAAAAAAACUCUAUUAAACCUUGUACAUUUGUAAAGAUAUCACACGGAAACAGUAUUUUAGUGGACAAAGCUACCACGGAGAGGAUUAGCACUCAUGUGAGUACUUAUGUUGUGUAACUACCAUGACUCAUCACAUCGAACAGCAAUUCAGUGAGUUGAUUUUGGAUAGAUGAUGGGUUGCUGAAGGAUGUCGUACAGUCGCAUGACAUUAUGUGCAUUAGUUCACAUUUUGUAACUAUUAGAUAAAGAGAAAUAUAUGUGCAUUAGUUCACAUUUUGUAACUAUUAGAUAAAGAGAAAUAUAUGUAUUUUAUUAUUGAUAUUAUUAUUAUUAUUAUUAUUACAAUACUGUGAUUGUUUUGGGGGAAACAAGUUCAGCCUGGACCGGUCCAUACCACAGUAUUUUAACUGACAAUCAAGCUUCAGUAAGUUUGAUCGUGUUUCCCUGUACAGGACUAUGAGGUACAGAGCAACGUAGAUACGAGACAUUUGUGUUUUAAGUGCUUUAAAUCGACAUAUUUUUGUGAUUUAUAUUGUGCAUUUGUAUUACUUAUCGUUUAGAUACAGCGUUCCGUUGUUGAAUAAAAGUGAACUAUAUGUA